CAACCCUUGGCUGGCUGAAGUCGAGAACAUCCCCCUUGGUGCCUGUCUUAUCUAUCAACCAAAUGUGCCAACGCAACUAAUCUGGCACUAGAAAUCGGUCUGCUCAUGGCUGCAAAUUGCUAUUAUCUCGAUGCGACUCACAACUCUCGCUCAACUCUGUACUUCACCACCUCGGAAUGUCUCGACUUUGGGGCUUCGUACCCCUGCUAAGGCGAGCUGAUCCUGGGCCUCGACCCGACGGGGAUGUGGAUGUGACCCAUCAUGACGGUGCUAGUCAUGUACCCGCGACUUCGGGCAUGACCCUGCUUCCGCGACCAGUUGCCUCUGUGGUAUCAUUUCUCACGCAAUCUACGUCGCUCUCGCUGCGCGUGGGUUCCUUUUUUGGUGGGGUUGCCAUCGAUGGAGCCAGAGUCACGACAUUGACGGGGCUGGAGCUCAGUAGAGCGAUCAUCGAAGGGGUGUUAACGAGGGCCGGGCGUGACGUUGCCAUCCGAAGUAGCGAACAUGGCAAGGCAGAGGCUGAAUCCUUGCUUGAGAGAAGUCUCGCUGCUCUGCACACGACGGUCACGUCUGCAUCGUUCUUUGCAGCUGCCACGUUCCACAUGUCGUCUACGACUCUCUCUUCUGCCACCCAUAUGUCCCAAGCCCUCUUGUCCAGUCUCGAUGCCACUCUAGGCUCGACGGAAUCUUCCCGAGCGAUCGCGGCAAUCAUCACCCUGAUUCGACGGGAGUUCCAUAGCCCGAGCAUUGAUGCUGGUACAGAAAAAGUCGGUGUUGGUGACCUCUUGGUUGGAACUGUAGGCUUUGCCAUGCUCCAACGCUGGGGACGUCAAAGUACCGAAAGACACAUCCAUGCCAAUGGCGGGGAUGAGACUAUCUGGGAUGUGGUCAUUCUAGACAACGGAUUGCGAGCAGAUGUGGUUGGGUCUCACCAGCUUGAGCCAGCAAGCCAUCCACGUAAUGACUUGGGCGAAGAGGCCAAGCGCUCCUCAUUCCUAUCACCUGGACAAGAUGAAGACGCCUUCGAUGCUGUGCAGCGUCCAAGAAGCGUGGCUGAUUCGACGGAGCGGCCUUUCCUGACGCUACCUCCGGGAGACCAGAGCGAUGUCUCGGACGAAGACAUCCGUUUGUACAUAAUGAGCCAGCUCCCCCGCGGCUGCAGAGCUUCGAUCAAAACCGACUUGGUAACAGCCCGCACUAUCACCGUUGAUGUAUUCGAUGAUGACACUGCCGAAAUCGCCCCUCCGCCCGGUACGAUGAUGAUUGAAGAAAGAUUUCAUGAUGAUCAUACUCUAAGCACAACCUCGGGCCGACAACAGCUUCCCAAGCAUACAGUUGUGUUCAGAACGGCAUUCAAUAAGUCACAAAGCGCAGAUGUCUCCAGUCUAGGUGGCCUAGGUUCUGAGCUGAAUGCGUCGAGUUCUUCGACUACGCCUCGAGCACACGGCAACACCGAACCAUCAAUAGAUGCUGAACCAAAAAUAAUCAAUGACAGCCAUCACAACAUAACGAGCAGCCAAUCUCCCUCAGGUGGCACUCUUUCUCCCACAAGAAAGCCGAAACAUCCCGCGCACAAACGCAACAGUAUUUCAUCAGGUCCAAGCUCACCGACUACUUCUGGGGAUCGAACAGCAAAAGCCGCUAAGCUCAAUUCUGAGAAUGGAACCUACCGUAUCUCAAACAAUUCGGAAACAAGCCCAAAAAACGCUUUUGGAAAAGGUUCACUAUCAAGGUUUGCGCAAAAGGUCAAGCCAACCAGCGUGGAGAAGAACGAAUCUGCCAGGCGACCCUUAUCCAAAUCACCCGCGGAAAACCCCAGCGUACAGGCUUUUUCAACGGGCUCUAGUCAGCAAAGCAAGAACCCCAAGGUCCCAAUCCCCGAAAGGAAAUCUUCAGCUCGAGGAUCCGACUCGAAGUUUGGUUCCGGGGGAAACCCGCAGAACAAAUUAUCAGCUGCUAAGCCUACAUCUAUAGCCAAUCGAGGCUUGCAAAGAUCACCACCAUCACAGAGCUCUGGGCUGGGUCUUUCCUCUUCGCCAACCGCGCGCCGCGACAAUGCACGAGGUGCGAAGGGUGGGAGAAACUCUGGAACAGAGUAUUAUUCUGUUUACGAGAAGAACAAAGAGUCUUUUGUCACUCAAACCGAUGCCUAUUCUCUUCGGUCAAUGGGCGCUCGUUCGAAAUCACCGGCCACAAUGAGAGCUCAUGUCCGCAGUAGUAGCUCAAUGUCUUUGACAAGGUCCGAAAACGAGAUGACUCUAUCAGUCAAUGGUGAUAGCCGGCCGGGCUCUUCUUAUAGGCACGAAAGAUCUAAUUCAUAUUCUCCCGGUUUAUAUUCAUUGGCCACAGCGGGAUCGGAGACCUCUUUGAUACUUGCCCAUCGCUCGCGCAAAAGCACGUAUGAUGAUAUCACAACCAUCCAAGCGUUGAACCGGGAUGGAAUGGUCCCGGGUAUCUUUCCUCAAAAGCAUUUUGUGCAGAAUAUCCGACGCUUCUGUCGCUUCUCGUCGGCAUCUUAUGGGUCUAAUGCUCUCAAGGUCAUGGGAGUUCCGCGAGCGCCCAAUGCCCUUCCUUACCAAGAGUCACAUAGCCAAGAGCACGCCGAUUUCUCGGACCAUACAGGACUGCCAGCUUCUACAAUUCUUCUUUCAUCAUUUGUUGACACUGCCGGUGGGACAAACGCUGCUGGAGAGACCGACAGUGGCUACCCUCUUGUUCAUUACCUCUUUCUGGAUCAUGAAUCGAAGGCUGUUGUUCUAACUUUAAGAGGAACAUGGGGAUUUGAAGACGUCCUCACUGAUAUGACCUGUGAUUACGAUGACCUUAUGUGGCAAGGGAAAAGCUGGUCGGUCCACAAGGGCAUGCAUGCCUCUGCCCAGCGUCUUCUGAUGGGUGGGGGAGGAAAGGUCAUGAUCACCAUAAGGGCAGCCUUGGAAGAAUUCCCGGAGUACGGUGUGGUGUUUUGUGGCCAUUCCUUAGGCGGAGGAGUCGCCGCGCUUCUGGCGACGAUGAUCUCAGAACCCAAUAACGAAGAACCCGGGACCUCAUUCAUGACUGCUUCUCAGCACUCCAGCACGAAGCGAUUGCUCCUGACAGAGAACAGCGAGAAAACCAGCCACGCAGCCUACUACCUCCCUUCAGGGCGCCCCAUACAUGUAUACGCCUAUGGUCCACCUGCGACCAUGUCCCCUUUCCUUCGCCGUGCAACCCGCGGGCUGAUUACGACAGUCGUGAAUGGUCAGGAUGUGGUACCGAGUCUGUCUUUGGGCAUCUUGCAUGACAUGCAUACCGUGUCUGUGGCAUUCAAGGACGACACUUCUGGUGCCAGAUCACACGUGCGCGGUCGCUUUUGGGAUGAUAUACGACAGAGUAUCCUCAACAAGUUCUAUGUGAACGAACCGCCUAUGCUUUUAAAUGCUGGCGAUGGUCUUGGUGAAGAUGUCUGGGCAUGGCGAACUCUGAAGAUGCUCCGGGAAGAGAUGAUUGCGCCGAAGCUGAUGCCUCCCGGAGAGGUCUUUGUAGUUGAGACGAUGCGUGUUCUACAGCGAAACGCAUUCACAUCGGACAUGAGUCAAGACGGGCACCCACAACUCGGACGCCCGGCAACGCGAGUACAGCUCAAGUUCAUUCGGGAUGUUGAGUCCUUUUUUGGAGAGCUGAGAUUCGGUUCCGGCAUGUUCAGUGACCACAAUCCGGCAAGAUAUGAGGCGAGUCUCGCCGCUCUUGCACGGGGCAUUUUGGAUGAUUAACGAGCUAUGAGUUUAUAUACUUUCUUUGGAUACCGGGAAAUGACAGCUUUGGAUUUGAACAUAGACAAUCUUUUGGUAUUUCAUUAUAAUAUCAUUGCAUCAUUUUGGAUACACACAAUGAACUGAGGUCAAGAACCUGACUUUGCAUUUAGUUGGACCCAUUGGAUUUCUUGUUAUUCGACGAUAAGCAUAUGUCGACCGCAUUCAACGGAGAUCGGUCGAGGAAUUCGAAUGCACCUUGGUUGGACAGCGUUUCCAGUAUCUUCAACAAAGCUAGAUUCCCCAGAACCGCAAUUCCUCAAACAGCC